UUGAUACGAGUGUUUACAAUUAUAGCUUCCGUGAUCUUUAGAUUUUUAAAACCACAUUUUCGCCCAGCAUGAAAUGGCAACCGAUGGAAAAAAAACGGAAAAAGGCAAGCAGCAAUCUGUUUCCGCAUCAGGGGGCAGAGUUCGAGUCCAGCUCUAAUUCUAGCGCCAGUACCAUCCAAGUCAACAAUUAGUGUAAUAAAAUUUGUGUUUUGCUGCCGGGCAAACAAAUCGGUGCGAUAAACAUUCUGAUUGAAAUAAAAAAAAAUACUACAUUCUAGUGAAUUUGUUUGAAGCUACGUGUGCGGUUAACGAUCGGUAUCUCCACCUGCAUGGGAGGGAAGGGAAAUAAAAUCAACGACGUGUGAUAAAUCAAACAAAAAUAGCCAACCGGGGUUUGCGUUGAAGUGCGAAAAAUAAAUUUACUGCGAUAAAACAAAAGUUCGGAAAACCAAACCGUUGGAAGUACGUUCCAGACCUAGCAAGUGAGAGUGCGGGUGAUGUGAUAAUUGAUGACACUAGAUCUGUGCUAAGUUAUAGUUUUCAAGGCAAUUUCAUCGGUAUUUCAUUUACCUGCUCGCAAAAAUACGAUAUAAGGACAACUUUCCAGAAAUGUCUAUUCAUAACGAGAUGAAGAAAUUAAUUAUCAUCCAAUAUCACUGCCACCGAUUAUGAAGCCAUUGAACCUCCAAAACUAGCCGAUAUAGUCCCAAACAUCCUUACUGUAGCACCCGAAUCCCCGAAAAGCAGCGUGAGUCAUGUUGGACCCAGGGGGUAAAAGAGAGUCAAUUUUCGGUUCGGACUUUUUGCCACCGGACGAUGUCAUUAACGGAAGCAUCCCGGACCGGGUGUACGGCAGUGUCAUCUUUCAGGAAUCUGCUGGCAGUGCACGAGACUACGGUGGCGCAGAAGAGUUUUCCCUGCUGGAGACCCUGUUCAACAACUACACCGCCGAAGUUGCCAACGUGUCAACGACGGAAGUUCCCUACACACCGUACGUGCGGAGACCGGAAACCUACAUCGUGCCGAUUCUGUUCGCUGCUAUAUUUAUCGUUGGUGUGCUGGGCAACGGAACGCUCAUCAUCGUGUUCCUGCGACAUCGAGCCAUGCGAAAUGUACCCAACACAUAUAUAUUAUCCUUAGCGCUGGCAGACUUGCUGCUCAUAGUGACAACUGUUCCAUUUACGUCAAUUCUCUACACGGUGGACUCAUGGCCCUGGGGUAGCCUACUCUGCACUUCGUCCGAGUUCAUCAAGGACGUCUCAAUCGGGGUGUCAGUAUUCACGCUGACCGCUCUUUCCGGCGAUCGGUUCUUCGCCAUAGUUGAUCCAUUGCGAAAGUUCCACGCUCAUGGUGGCGGACGGAAAGCAACGCGGAUGACCAUCACCAUUGCCGUCCUGAUAUGGAUACUGGCGAUUAUUUUCGCCAUUCCUGCCAUCCUGGGGUCGCAUAUCAGGACGGAAAAAGUGAACAAGGACGUUACGAUUGACUUUUGCUACCCAUUUCCGGGCAAGUGGGGCCCGGAAUAUGCCCGCGGUGUCGUACUCGGAAAGUUUCUGGCCUACUACGCGGUGCCACUGUGCAUAAUAGCAAUUUUCUACGCGCUGAUAGCCCGCCAUCUGAUACACAGUGCCAAACAUGUGCCUGGGGAAACGCAAGGAACGGUGCGGCAGGUCAAAGCGAGGCGAAAAGUUGCCGUCACUGUGCUAGCGUUUGUCGUUAUAUUUGGGAUCUGCUUCCUGCCCUCACAUCUCUUCAUGCUGUGGUUUUACUACAACCCAAAUUCCCAGGAAGACUAUAAUCACUUUUGGCACGUAUUGCGGAUAGUGGGCUUUUGUUUGUCAUUUGCCAACAGUUGUGCCAAUCCGGUUGCGUUGUAUUGCGUGAGUGGAGCGUUCCGCAAGCAUUUCAAUAGGUAUUUGCUGUGUGAGGGAUCUUCCAGUGCUCGACGGCGCCGUGGGGAUAACCUGGGCCACCGGGACACAUCAAUGACGAGCACCAUGUCCAGGCGGUAUCCUAGCAAACGGAUUGGAACGCAAUCAGUCAGAGUAAAUAUCCAAGAAACCACAAUCAUCAUGCUACCGAACGGAACGAACACCAACGGAAACCAUCUGGGUACCAAUCAACCGGAUAGGGAUGAAAUCUGUCCCUCGUAAUAGGAGCACUAUUUUCACAUAUGAAACGCCUCCGGAUUGGAUUCACCGAGCAACCCAGAUGGACAACGGCACGUUCAAGUACUGUGACCAAAGCGUACAACUGUAACUCCACAUGACUUUCCACACCGAAGAUAGAUACUGUAGGAAACAUUUUCGUACACAUCACAAUUGACGGUAUCAAUCACGAAAACUGUCAACCGCACAACGCAUUUCGUCUGUUUCCCAACGCCCACAUUCUAGCAAAGGACCAACUAGGGCGGUAUUUCACUUAGUUAGAAUUAAAUGUGAAACCCGAGCGAAGAUUUAUCUAAAUUGAGAAAAAGCGUCAGUCUCCUGGAAUCUGCUCCAGCGCAAUCUGGCUGUCGGGUCCACUUUGAUGGUCAUACAGACAAAACCGGGUGCGACCAUUGUUCGGAGACAAAGCGAUAAGUUGUCGGUAAAGAUGGUA